GUCGGCGUGCUUGAGUGACGUAGAAAAUGCUGAUCCUCUUGUUCGUACUAUGCUUGAGUGGUGCCCUAUGUCAGGAUCCUCUGGUUAACAUAAAACAUGGUGCUUUAAAGGGGAAAUGGGAGGAGUCCACCAAGGGAAGGAAGUUUGCUGGCUUCUGGGGAAUACCCUACGCUAAGCCGCCUAUUGGAGAAUACAGGUUUAGAGGGCCGCAGCCGCUUACCCCAUGGCUGGGGGUAUGGGACGCCACCAGGGAGCUGUCACACUGUCUGCAGUGGGAGCCCACCGCCGUCGCCAUCGUUGGUGCGGAAGACUGCCUCUUCCUUAACGUGUUCACACCGGACCUCAAACCGGCUUCACUGCUGCCCGUGGUGGUCUACAUCCACAGCGGCGCCUUCAUGUUCGGAGCUGGCUCGCUGUAUGGACCAGCACAUCUCAUGGACAAGGAUCUAGUGGUUGUUACCAUCAACUACAGACUGGGACCGCUUGGAUUCCUCAGCACGGGUGACGACGUGAUCUCCGGCAAUGCUGGCCUCAAAGACCAGGCGUUUGCCCUCAAAUGGGUGCAGGAGAACAUUCGGGAAUUCGGUGGAGACCCCAACAGCGUGACUCUCACAGGUUGCUCCGCUGGCUCCGCCAGUGUGCACUAUCAGUACUUGUCGCCAAUGUCUAAAGGUACAUUCCACCGUGGCAUCGCCUUCAGCGGUUCAGCGUUUGCCCCCUGGGCGUACGCCCCAAAGCCGGCCAAGAACGCGAAGGCCCUGGCCAGGCUCGUCGGCUGCCCGCACCAGGACACCAGGGAGUUGGCCGAGUGUCUCCGCCUGAGACCUGGAGAAGUCAUCAUCAACGCCAUGGUCCAGAUGUUUGACUGGCACGCGCACAUGUUCACUCCCUUCUUGCCGACGCUGGAGGUGUCCACCGCCAAGGAUCCCUUCAUCACGGAGUACCCGUACUUCGCGGCGCAGGCCGGCGCCAUGCACCGUCUCCCGCUCGUCGCGACCAUGACGGCUGCCGAGGGAUUGUAUCCUGCUGCUUACUACCAGAAGAACCCAAGCUACCUCCAGGAGAUAGAGGACAAGUGGGAGGUGCUGUGCAGCAACCUCUUCGAGUACAACGACACGGCUACACUUUGUCAGCGCCCUGGCCUGGCCAAGAGGAUAAAGGAGGAGUACCUGGGAGGGAAACCCGUCAGCCAGGAGACUUACCCGCAGCUGGUUGAGGCGCUAGGCGACAGGCACUUCGGCAUGAGCAUCGCGCGUAUGGUGACGUCACACGCGCGUACUUCCCCCACCUACAUGUACAAGUACAACCACCGCGGCGAGCACAGCCUCUCGCAUCAUAUCGCCAAGAAUAAGAACUACUACGGUGUGAGCCACGCUGACGACAUAAUGGAGAUCUUUCAGUUCCUGUGGACGUCCAGCUCAGACGCUGACGUCAAGAUGCGGGACGCGCUGCUCGAUAUGAUAUACACCUUCGCUUCCACAGGUGUGCCGAAAUUCCCGAACGCUCUCGAGUGGGCGCCAGUCAAGCCGGACUCCCCCGAAGUGAGCUACCUGGAGAUCUUCGAACAUGACCAGUACGAGGUGAAGUCAGAGGCCGACAUUGGCAGACAGCAGUUCUGGGACAGCUUGGGGCUGAAGGAGUAUAACAACUACCACAGUCUGAUCAGAGAGGAGCUGUAGAUAAUAAAUGUUUUGUUUUUAUA